UCGUAAGAAAUUUCGAAUUAUUUAAUAAAUCAUAAUUUUUAACGUUUAUUAAAUAAAAUAUGUCAAAUUAAAUUCCAACCAUAUUGAAUCCUUAAAUAUAUAAAUAUAUUUAAUGAGUCGUUCUUAACCAAAAACGUUCAAGCAUGUGGCCGAUAUUAAUGCAGUUUUUGCGUUCAAAUGCACCAUAUAUAACCUUACCUAUAGCUGCUGUGGUCGGCGUUAUUGGAUAUAAUAUAGAAAGGCUUUUAUCAGACAGAUAUACGCCUUACAAUAAACCUGUCCAAGAUCAGAGAUUUGAAAGGUUGGAAGAUGAACUUCUUAAUGAUCCAACAAAUGUAAAGAAAUUGAAAUACCAAGAAAAUGUAUUUGGAAAGAAUUUGUCUCCAUCUUUACAGAAGAACUAGUCAUUUUAUAGUUUGUAAGUUUAGAUAGAUAAUUGUUGCCGUUGUUGAAAUAAAAAAGAUAUUAAAUAUAUAUUCGGGAUGAA